GCGUCAAAAUAGGUGUGAAAAUCGGUGUCCAUAUCGUAGACACACAUCGCAUAUGAUUUGCGAUUUUAUAUGACAUUUGAAGCAAUUGUGUUGUGAUUGUGGACACAAUCGGUGAUAAUGACAGUCAUAGGUCUGUCGAAUCAGCUAAUAGUUCCCAUCACUCUUUGGGGCUCACAAUCGCCCACACAUUGCAUAUCGUGUGUGCUUUUGACCAACGAUUACAAGACAGUAGUGACGGGUUGUAAUGACGGACAGAUCUGUCUUUGGGACUGCCAUUCGGCCACUCUUUCCUUGACUCCAAGAAGUCUGCUCUUCGGCCACUCCUCACCAGUUCUUUGUUUGGCGAACGGAAAGCAAACAAAUGACAAUUCAUUACUCGUCAGCUCAUCGGAAGCCGGUACUGUAGUGUUUGAUCGGUUAUGCGAUAUAAGGCCAUCACAGCUCAGGAUAUCCCACAAUCUUAAGUACUGA